ACUCUGCUCUCUCAGGUCUCCUACCAUCAAAAAACAGAGAGCACCUAAAACUCACCAUCUCUCCCUCUGCAUCUUUAGCCCGCAAUGGACGCCAUAAUGAAUCCACAAGAAGAAUUCAUCUUUCGCUCAAAAUUACCAGACAUCUACAUCCCGAAAAACCUUCCUCUGCAUUCAUACGUUCUUGAAAACUUGUCUAAAUAUUCAUCAAAACCUUGCCUGAUAAAUGGCGCAAACGGAGAUGUCUACACCUAUGCUGACGUUGAGCUCACAGCAAGAAGAGUUGCUUCUGGUCUUAACAAGAUUGGUAUUCAACAAGGUGACGUGAUCAUGCUCUUCCUACCAAGUUCACCUGAAUUCGUGCUUGCUUUCCUAGGCGCUUCACACAGAGGUGCCAUUACCACCGCUGCCAAUCCUUUCUCCACCCCUGCAGAGCUAGCAAAACAUGCCAAGGCCUCAAGAGCAAAGCUUUUGAUAACACAGGCUUGUUACCACGAGAAGGUUAAAGAUUUUGCACGAGAAAGUGAUGUUAAGGUCAUGUGCGUAGACUCUGCCCCAGAUGGGUGCUUGCACUUUUCAGAGCUAACACAGGCUGACGAAAAUGAAGUGCCCCAGGUCGACUUUAGUCCUGAUGAUGUUGUAGCAUUGCCUUAUUCAUCAGGGACUACAGGGUUACCAAAAGGGGUCAUGCUAACGCACAAAGGGCUAAUAACCAGUGUGGCUCAACAAGUAGAUGGAGACAAUCCUAACCUGUACUUUCACAGUGAAGAUGUGAUUUUAUGUGUGUUGCCUAUGUUCCAUAUCUAUGCUCUGAAUUCAAUAAUGCUUUGUGGGCUGAGAGUUGGUGCCUCGAUUUUGAUAAUGCCAAAGUUUGAUAUUGGUACUCUGCUGGGAUUGAUUGAGAAGUACAAGGUAUCUAUAGCACCAGUUGUUCCACCUGUGAUGUUGGCAAUUGCUAAGUCACCUGAUCUUGACAAGCACGACUUGUCUUCUUUGAGGAUGAUAAAAUCUGGAGGGGCUCCAUUGGGCAAGGAACUUGAAGAUACUGUCAGAGCUAAGUUUCCUCAGGCUAGACUUGGCCAGGGAUAUGGAAUGACCGAGGCAGGACCUGUUCUAGCAAUGUGCUUGGCAUUUGCCAAGGAACCAUUUGACAUAAAACCAGGUGCAUGUGGGACUGUCGUCAGGAAUGCAGAGAUGAAGAUUGUUGACCCAGAAACAGGGGCCUCUCUACCGAGGAACCAGCCUGGUGAGAUCUGCAUCCGGGGUGAUCAGAUCAUGAAAGGAUAUCUUAAUGACCCUGAGGCAACCUCAAGAACAAUAGACAAACAAGGAUGGUUGCACACAGGCGAUAUCGGCUACAUUGAUGACGAUGAUGAGCUUUUCAUCGUUGACAGAUUGAAGGAAUUGAUCAAAUAUAAAGGGUUUCAGGUUGCUCCUGCUGAACUCGAAGCUUUGUUACUAGCCCAUCCAGAGAUAUCCGAUGCUGCUGUAGUAGGAAUGAAAGAUGAGGAUGCAGGAGAAGUUCCUGUUGCAUUUGUAGUGAAAUCAGAAAAGUCUCAGGCCACCGAAGAUGAAAUUAAGCAGUAUAUUUCAAAACAGGUGAUAUUCUACAAGAGAAUAAAACGAGUUUUCUUCAUUGAAGCAAUUCCCAAGGCGCCAUCAGGCAAAAUCCUUAGGAAGAAUCUGAGAGAAAAGUUGCCAGGCAUAUAACUGAAGACGUUACAGAACAUUUAACCCUAUGUCUUAUUUCUUUAAAUACUUGCGAAAAUGCCAAUGAAUCAUUGUAGUGUUGAAUCAAGCGUGCUUGGAAAAGACACGUACCAAACGUAAGAAUAUUACUGUUCUUGUAUACAAGCUCUUUAAUGUUGCUUUUGUACUUGGGAAAACAUAAGUUCUCCUGUCGCCAUGUGGAGUAAUUCAAUUGAAUAUUUUGGUUUUUUUAAUGAUAAA